AUGUCGGAUCACCGCGUUGAGUCGGGGGAAAGACCUCUGAAAGAUGCCCCAAUGUCUGACGACGAGGCUGUCCUUGCAGCAUUGGGCAGGAAGGACCUCCUUGUGAGGAACUGGGGGUUUUGGAAUAUCCUCGGGUUCGCAGUCACCAAUUUAUGCUCCUGGGAAUUUGCAACCUCCCUCAUCGGUUCAACAUUCCUCAAUGGAGGGCCAGUCGCCGUUGUGUACGGGUUCAUUGCAACCUUUUUUGGUAUUCUCGCUAUCAACGCCUCCCUUGCUGAGAUGGCGUCCAUGUAUCCUGUCGCAGGUGGCCAAUACUUUUGGACCUUCCACUUCGCGCCUCCAAGAAUUAGGGUGUUUCUGAGCUACCUGCAAGGCUGGUUAACGUCCAUCGCGUGGCAAGUUGGUUUUGUCAGCACGACCGUCUUCCUGGCCGAGCAGAUCGAAGCCUUGAUUGUCCUGAAUCACAGCUCCUAUGUACCCAAGGGCUGGCACACGUUCCUUCUGAUGACCAUGUUCUCUCUGAUCGGACUGGUCAUUCUGACAGUUGGCAAGAAGGUCUUACCGGUGAUGCAGACAAUUUCGGGCGUCGUGCACAUUGUCUUCUUCGUGAUCAUUACCGUCGUCCUCCUGAGCAUGAGCAGCAAGGCUUCGUCGAAAUUUGUUUGGACAAAGUUCGUUAACAACAGCGGAUGGUCUAACAAUGGCAUCAGCUUCUGCAUUGGUCUUUUGCUGCCUGCAUUUUCCAUCUCAGGGGCUGACGGUUGCGUCCACAUGGCCGAGGAAGUACGAAACGCCAAUCGAAACAUACCCCGGGCGUUCGUCUAUACCCUCCUCAUCAACGGCACCAUGGCAUUUGCUUUCAUGGUCGUCAGCCUUUACUGUAUCACCGACUUGGAUGCUGUUCUUGACACUCCGACCGGGUUUCCGAUUAUUGAGAUUUUCCGUCAGGCAACGAAAUCCAAUGGUGCGGCUACCGUCAUGGAUGUCAUGAUGAUGCUUAUCCAGGCAACCUGCUCUUUCUGUCUAUUGGCAGCUGCAAGCCGGUUGGCGUGGUCCUUUUCUCGUGAGGAAGGCUUCCCUGGCGCCAGAACCCUUGCGAAGGUCGAUUCGAGGUUGGAGGUCCCUCUCAAUGCCAUUCUCCUAAGCGUCACCAUAUCGAUCCUGCUCUCGACCAUCGUGAUUGGGAGCUCCGUGGCACUAGAGGCCAUUGUGUCGUUGUGUACCCUCUCCGCUUUCAUGUCUUACACCUUGCCUAUCGGGUCCUUCUUGUGGUUCAGACUCACUCGGACAACACCAAUCGCGUACGGCCCGUGGAGUCUGGGUCGCUGGGGUGUCCCGAUCAAUAUUUUCGCCCUGUGCUGGUGCAUCUUUUUCGUGGUCAUCCUGCCGUUCCCGUCCGAGAUGCCGGUAACCUGGGAAGACAUGAACUAUGCCGGCCCCAUCGCUGGGGCCGUCUUCUGCAUCUUGACCGUCGACUGGCUAUUCCGAGCACGAUAUCAGUAUUUCGGGCCUAGAAUGGAAAUCACUCUGGAAGGCACAGGUGAGGAACCUUUCGAAGUUGAGCAACGGCAAGAAGUGACUGCCACUAAGGGAAAGUUGCCAUGA